AUGGGACCAAAGAAAGGCCAGGGUCCGCAUGGAGGUGGCACGAAGAAGGCACAUCAAGCUGUUCCGGACAGUGAUCAUAUCGUUUUCACAAACAAGCAUAACAAUCCUCCCAAAGGAGGCCUCGAGAAGGACGGUCAACCCACAGUUCCUCGUCCAGAUGCCAGGAAGGUCAUUGGGGGCGCCUCCUGGACGGGCAAACUUCCAAUGACCCUCCUUUCAGAGCUUUGUCAGAAGCAGAAAUGGAACAAGCCUGAGUAUUCGAUGAGAAAACUGCCGGACGCCAUAGGAGGGGGCCAUGUGUCAACUGUGACUUUGUCUGCAGUCAAUCCAAGGACAAAAGAGACCACCAAGCUGGCACCCCUCCAGUUGCCACACUCCCAUCAAGACCUAGCAAGCCAAAAUACCCCUCUAGAAGCUCGCCAUUUCGCUGCUACCUAUGCUCUUUUUCGUGUUUCAAGCAUGAAAAACAUACAUAUGACGUUGCCUCCAAAGUACAAAGACCUAUGGAAAGGUGAGCUUGCCAAGCUUAAAGAAGAAGAUGUCAAGGCUGGUCGAGCUUGGAUGUAUGACGCCGAUCCUUUCUUAACGGCGAUCGAAACCAAGAAGAUUCGAGAUAGCAUCGAAGUGCGCAAAGCCAAGGCCUCGGAAGAGAAGACAGCGCCUUCGUCAGGACCGAACUUACUAGGUCAGAACAGCGGAAGACUUCCACCAAAGGCUUGGGAACGAGCACCAUGUGUAGACAUGGGCAACAAGAUCCGCUCUGAAGUGGAAGAGAUUGUGAAGGGUCAUGGCGUGUGGAACCCUUAUCAGAUCCUGCUUUCUGAAUCCCAACGCUACACGAUAGUCGAAGAGAUAUCUAAUCUUGGGUUUCGUCGUAGCCAUGUUGAAGAAGCGGUUCAACAGUGCAAGGAUCGUGAAGAGACUCUCGAAUGGCUACUCAUUCAUGUUCCGGAAGAUGAUUUGCCCACGUGGAGCUUCCCAGAUAAUUACACCUCCGGUAUAUCCUUAGCUAGCGGCGACCUGGCAAAAGAGUCCAAGCUCAAACGACUUGCCCUGGCUGGGUAUUCCUCUGAUGAAUGUGCUGCAGCUCUGCGUCGUUCAAAUGGCGACGAGAGACGAGCUGCACAGGAGCUGCAGAACAAUCUCCUCAGCAUCGACAGAAGCAGCUUGAUGUUAGGAUCUGAAAAGGUCACUGAAAUGUGGCAGGAGGAGCUCGAUACAUUAGGAGCAGUAUUUAGUGACAGAUUCUCGUCUGUAUCACCAGAUGAGUGCGUUAUUCAAGGAGAAUCAACGAAAGCGUCACUCUCAUUUCACUUCCGUCAGCCUUUGGGCGAUUAUCCACAAUCAUGCGUUCCAAUCAUUGCGAUCCACUCCAAGGACAUACCCGCAUACAUUCGGUUGAGCGCUACUCGACGUGCUCUAGGGUAUGCAGCUGAAUCGCUGUUGGGAGGACCCAUGAUAUACAACUUGGUGGAGUGGUUGGAGACCCAUCUACCAACUAUUCUCGAAAACCCUGGAUUACUCCGAGAUAUAAGCCAACAAAACCCCCAACCCAAUAGUGAGCCAGUUAUUCGGCUUAUUGCAAAUAGGGAAACACCUCGUACACAGCAGAUGAGGCAAGCAAGCCUGCAAAUCAGUACUCAACUGAAAGCUGUACGUGAAGCUCGAGCUUCGACUUCGAUGCAGCAAAAUAUGCUGCAGAUUCGCCAAAAUUUGCCAGCGUGGAACAUGAAGGAUCAGAUCGUGCAGGCUGUCAAUUCCUACCAGUGUGUCAUCAUCUCUGGCGAGACAGGCAGCGGAAAGAGCACUCAAUCUGUCCAAUUCAUUCUUGAUCAUAUGAUCGACACCAUGACCGGUUCUGCUGCGAACAUAGUCUGUACUCAGCCGCGCAGAAUAUCUGCGUUAGGCUUAGCUGAUCGAGUUAGCGAUGAAAGAUGUUCUCCAAUGGGCGAUGAGGUCGGUUAUGUGAUUAGGGGUGAUUCAAAGAUUGGCUCAAAAACCAGGAUCACUUUCAUGACGACCGGUAUACUGCUCCGUCGCAUGCAAUCCUCGGCAGAUCUCCUUCAGUCGGUGGAUGAUCUUAGCCACAUAUUUGUGGACGAGGUUCACGAACGAAGUGUGGACACCGACUUUCUCUUGGCGCUGCUCAAAGACGUUAUGAACGUGCGACCGGAUAUUAAAAUUGUGCUUAUGAGUGCUACUCUAGAUGCCAAGAUUUUCACUUCUUAUUUUGGGGGCUCAGACAAGGUUGGUGAAGUCCACAUACCUGGGAGAACAUACCCUGUCACAGACUACUACCUCGAUGACAUUCUUAAGCUCACAAACCGGAGCCAAACCGAUUCUGGCGUACAGAAUGGAUACCCGGACGACGUUCAGGCUGAAAUGGAUGAGCUGUCUAUUGGUCGCAGCAUUCGAGAGCUGGGAACGGGAAUCAACUACAAGCUGCUUGCAGAUCUUGUCUCACAGAUCGAUUACGACCUUGGAAAGGAUUCUGGCGGCAUUCUAAUCUUCCUUCCCGGCACGCUUGAAAUCGAACGUUGCUUAGCUGCUCUCAGGUCAUAUGAACGGCUUCAUGCUCUUCCACUUCAUGCCUCUCUCACACCGGCUGAUCAGCGAAAAGUCUUUCCGAGCCCGCCCAGGGGAAUGCGGAAAGUCAUUGCUUCGACUAACGUUGCAGAGACAUCCAUCACCAUUGCCGAUAUAGUCGCCGUCAUUGAUAGUGGUCGUGUGAAGGAGACCAACUAUGAUGCUGCCAGCAGCAUUGUUCGCCUUGAAGAAGUCUGGGCUUCACAGGCCGCGUGCAAACAACGCAGGGGAAGAGCCGGUAGAGUCCAGGCUGGGAAAUGCUACAAGAUGUUCACGCGCAAGGUUGAAUCUGAUAUGGCCCCUAGGCCACAACCCGAAAUACGAAGACUGCCAUUGGAGCAGCUGUGUCUGUCCGUGAAAGCCACUGUACCCAAACGCGACGUGGCACAUUUUCUGCAGAAUACCUUGACACCUCCUGAAAGUCAGGCAAUUGAUGUUGCAAUGACGCUCCUGCACCGCGUUGGCGCAUUGGACAACAAUGAGCUAACAGCUUUGGGAAGGCAUCUCUCCAUGGUACCUGCUGAUCUACGAUGUGCGAAGCUGUUGGUCUACGGCAGUAUCUUUGGCUGCUUAGAAGCUUGCCUGGCCAUAGCUGCAAUACUGACCGUCAGAAGUCCGUUUGUAUCACCACGGGACAAACGAGAGGAGGCCAAGAUUGCCAGAGCAACCUUCUCGGCUGACCACGGUGAUAUCUUGCUGGAUCUGAAAGCCUUUACCGAGUGGUCAGAAAGAUCACAGUCGUCCAGUUCUAAAGCUGUGAGAGAGUGGUGCUCUGAGAGGUUUCUAUCAGCACAGACUCUCCGUGAUAUCUCCUCCACGAGGUCGCAGCUUUUAUCCUCCCUCAAAGAUGUUAGUAUAGUACCGUUGGAGUAUGGCAAGUCCGAAGCCGUAUACAAAACUUUGAACAGAGACAAUACCAACUUCAUGUUACUACGUGCGCUUAUCGCAGGCGCCCUGAACCCGCAAAUAGCCAAGAUCGAACUCCCGGAUAAGAAGUACUUCGCUUCGAUGGCUGGAGCUGUAGAAGUGGACCCUGAGGCGAAGACAAUCAAGUACUACAGCCAAGACAACGGCAGAGUCUUCGUCCACCCAAGCUCCAUCCUGUUUGGCACGCAGACGUUUUCUGGCUCCGGUUCGUACGUAAGCUACUUCUCGAAAAUGGCUACCAGCAGGACCUUCAUUCGUGAUCUGACUCCCUUCAAUGCAUAUGGUUUGUUGCUCUUCGGCGGGCCCAUCGCUGUGGACACACAUGGGAAUGGUUUGUUGGUAGAUCAGUGGCUUCGGCUCCGUGGGUGGGCUCGUAUUGGCGUUCUUGUGUCACGCCUACGAGCAUUAUUAGAUGAUGUCCUGCGCCAAAGGAUUGACCAGCCUAGUACAUACUCUGUGGAGGAUAGCGUGAUUGGCAUCGUUCGGCGGCUGGUGCAAUUGAAUGGCCAGGAUCAGUGA